AUGAGCCAGCGGUUUAUUACAAGCACUCAAGAUUUCCACAUUAUAGUUGGUGGAUAUGUGGAUGAUUUGCUUAUAAUCGGAAAUUCUGGUGAAAGAAUUGAAGAAUUUAAGAAAGAAAUGAAGAAAUUAUUUGAUAUGACUGAUCUUGGUCUUCUCAGCUCAUAUCUUGGAAUUCAAGUGGCACAAGUUAGAGGUGAAAUUAUCCUAACCUAGAGAUCUUUUUCAUUAAAAAUUCUCAAAGAAUUUGAUUUGUUGAAUUGUAAUCCUACAAAGACACUGCUUGAAGUAAGACCCAAUCUCAAACAUCCUGAGAACGAAAAAGCUGAUAAAUUUUCAGCAUAUAUAAAGAUUAUUGGUUCUCUAAGGUAUCUCACUCAUACAUGUUCAGUGUUCAGUGUUGGUUUUUCAACUGUUUUAUGAAAAAUCCGACAGCUGAGCAUAUUAAAGCAGCUAAAUGUGUGCUUAGAUACAUAAAGGGCACACUUGACUUUAGAUUGAGGUAUACGAAGAGUGAACAAUUUCUUUUAACUAGUAAUAGUGACUAUGUAGGUGAUUAUGACGAUUAG